ACAAUCAUACUGUAAAAGAAAACUAUAAUAAGAACAAUAUCAUUGAAGUAAUUGUGGAAAUGAUUUGCAAGACAUCAGAGUACACUGAGGAUGAUUUAACAAAAUUUCCAGAAAAGUAUCAAGAGCUGAUUAGACGAGUGAGAUUAAAAAUUGAGAAAGAAGCCAAUGAUGAAAAAAGUCAUCUUAACAAUUUAUGUGAACUUGGGACAGAUUCAAGCUACUUAGUACCUACCUAUAUCAAUGAGCCAGAAGAAAACAAUGAUAUAGGAGAAGUUUCAAGCACAUUGGGAGAAAAAUAUUUUAUAAAUAAUUACCCUAAAUUGAAUAGAGAUCAAUCAGACGAUAAUUGUAUGUUCUCAAGAAAUUUAAUAAGAAGCACAAUAAAAGCUAAUGAAGUAUUGAAUGAUACAACAUUAUUACUGAGUGAUGUUAUAAUGUAUAGGAAAGACUGCGACAGCUAUAUAAUGGUGUAUGCUUUA